UCUCUGCGAAGUCUCUCCGACGGGCGUUGGCUCUUCGUCAUGGCCGUCAACGUGCUGAUGCCGCUGCUCAUCCCACUCGGGGAACAGAUCACUAACGAGACCCAGCUGACUGGGGUGGGCAACCUGGCCUUCACGCAUCCUAAGUUCGAGGUUUUUGUGAAGGAAAACGCCUCACCAGUUUUGCUCUUAACACUGCAGGCGGCCAGCAACUCUACGGACGCCGAUGUCAUGUACAGCGUGGUCGCGGGGGGGCUGGCGGGUCUGUUUCUGGUCGACGGGUCCUCAGGUCACCUCACACUCACGUCUCCGCUAGACUAUGAGGCCAGACACACGUACGAGGUGAUCGUUGGUGAGGGUGAGGGACGUGAACGACCUCCCGCCCACGUUCUCACGCCCACUCUUCGAGACGCAGAUCACCGAGGAGGACGACAGACACCUGCCCAAGCCCAUCCUACAGGUGUCAGCCAUGGACGGGGACGUGAGCGACGAGAGCCGCCUCGUCUACACGCUGACGGGAGACGGCGUCGCGACCGUCAACAGCAGCUUCUCCGUCAGCGACAACUCCGGGCACAUCCACCUCCUCAGACCCCUGGACCGAGACGCGCCGACGGGGAGGGCCCGCUGGGAGCUCCAGGUCUCGGCCACCGACGGGGUCCACGCAGCCAGCGCCCUCGCCGUUCUUCUCCACGCUCGUCAUCAACGGCACCGUGCCCGAGAACGCCAAAGCGGGCUCUGAAGUGACGCAGGUGUCGGCCACGGAUUACGACGACCCGCUGGAGAGCACGAACGCAAUCCUGACGUACGCCGUCGAAAAGAACGUCAUUGACGAGUUGUCCGGUCAGCCGAUCUUCACCAUCGACCCCAACACGGGAAGGAUAACGACUGCUCUCUGUUGCCUGGACCGAGAGAAGACGCCAACGUACGCCAUCCAGGUCGUUGCUUCUGACGGAGGGGGUCUCAAAGGAACGGGCACGGUGCUGGUGGUCGUGGGAGACGAAAACGACGUGUCUCCCAAGUUCUCGAGGUCGGAGUGGCUUCUGACGGUGCACGAAUCGGUGCCCCUCAACACCUCCCUUGCUUUCCUCACCGUCGACGACCCCGACGUCACUAACGACUUCGCCUUUAGGGUAGUGAAGGGAAGCGGCCACGGCUGGGAGAGGUUCCGCGUGGUUCCUUCGGGCAAUGGCAGCGGGUCCCUGCAGGCGGUGAAGAAGCUGGACUUCGAAGACCCAGUGCAGAGGCAGGGCUUCAAGUUCAGGGUCCAGGUCUCAGAUCAGGGCGACUCCAACUGGGAGAGCAGCAAGCACGUGGACUCGGCGUGGGUGCUGAUCAAGCUCUUGGACGACAACGACAACGCGCCGCAGCUCUCCACGGAACUGGUCAACCUCACGCUCCCCGAGGACGUCCCCGUCGGCCGCUCGCUCGCCACCUUCACAGCCUCCGACAGGGACCAGGGCGGCAAGGGCGAGGUGCAUUACGCGAUAGCGCCCUCGAGCGACCCCGGGCGGCGGUUCGCCGUGGAUAGUACGGGCCGCGUGCGCCUGCAGCGCGGGCUGGACCGCGAGGCGUCGCCGCACCACACCGUCCUCGUGCUGGCCAUGGACCGGGGGGAGCCGCCCCGGACAACGCGCCGCACGUGGCCAGCCCCGACGGCAUCUUCGUGACGGAGAACAGCGGGCCGCAGCACGUGGCCGACCUCACCCUCGACGACCCCGACGACUGGAGCCUCGGCCACGGCCCGCCCUUCUCGGUGGCGCUCGACUCCCACGCGCCCAGGCACAUCAAGGAGACCUUCGCCGUCGACUUCGACCAGAAGGGCGACGAAGGGCGAGGCGUGGCCGUGGUGACGUCACUCGCGCCGCUGGACCGAGAAGUCGCCGCGACACGACUCCUGCCGCUGGUCGUCGGCGAUGCGCGGGGACUCACGGCUACGACCACCAUUACCCUCACGGUGGCAGACCUGAAUGACAACCUCAUGAGCUCAGCGGAUAAGACAGUUACCGUCAUUCGGUUGAGGGGCGAGACAGAAGCGCUCCCGUUGGGUCGUGUGUACGUGGACGACCCCGACGACUGGGACGUGGCCGACAAGACAUGGUCGUGGCGCACGCAUGAGAAACACCCGCUCUUCACCCUCGACAGCCGCACAGGGGAACUCACCAUGAGCGGCCAUGCAAGGGAUUCCACAUACUUCUUGCAGUUUUGGGUCAGUGACGUCACACAGAGGCAGGUGAACGUCCCCGCCAACGUCACUGUUAGCGUCACGAGUCUCAGCCGUGACGUCAUCAAGUGUGCUGUGCCCGUCACCAUCACAACACACACGCCUCAGGCUCUGAUUGCCGAGGGUUUGCACGUAGCUGGCUCAGCCCUGGACGCCCUUUUGACAUCCGUGGAGUCGAUCGCCAACGUGGGCGUGAGAGUCAUUUCGCUCGAGUCCCAGACGCUCAAACUGACGCCCGUGAAGAGGGGGGGCACCCGCGUGUGGCUGACGGCGCGCUCCAGACAGCCCUUGGACCAGCUCCUCCUUCUGCACCGUCGUCAGAUCUCCAGCGAAUCCGGAGUGGGCGUAGUGAACGUGGGCGUAGGUGCAUGUGUGACUACGCCGUCCAUGGAAGACAGGCGGGCGUGGGUAGUGGACGCCAACAAGACGGCCCUCGUCACGCCCCGCCUAGACGCCCUCGAUACAGGCUGCAGCUGCCACGCCCACCCGUCACACAUGAGGCAGCACCUCGCCCAUCUCGGGGGCGCCGACCAGCAGCCCAGCGUCGCCGCCGUCACCCACACCGCGUCGUGUCAGCCCAACCCAUGCCUCAACGGGGGCCGCUGCAUCGCCCUCGCCAACGGACCCAGAUGCGUGUGUCCUGAGGGCACCGCGGGUUCCCUGUGCAAGCAGCUGAGCCGCCACUUCAGAGGCGAAGGGUGGGUGUGGGCGGCGCCCAUCCCACCCUGUAGCCGCGCCCACAUAUCCCUCGAAAUCCGCACGACGAGGGAGGAGAGCCUCCUUCUGUACGCGGGGCCCGGAGACAACCUGGCGCAGGCGUCGCCGCAGCUCCUGCAGGAGGACGUGCUGAGCCUCGAGCUACGCGGAGGGCGGCCGAGGCUGAUGCUGGACCUCGGCAGCAGCCCGAUCCUCCUCGAACCCGCCCACGCCCACGCCGCCCCCAAUCUGGCCGACGGGCGCUGGCACCGCCUCGACGUCGUCUGGGGCCACCAUCGAGUGGACGUGGUGAGCGACCUGUGUUUGGCGGGCGGAGAGUGCCGUCUCACAGCGCCCCUUCCCGCCACCUCCCUCACCCUGGGCGUGGCGGCUCCCCUGCAGGUGGGCGGCCUGGCCAACCCGCCGCCCGACCACCACGACCACGGCUGGCCGGCGCCCCUUACCGCCCGCGCCUUCCUCGGUUGCAUCCGAAACCUGCGCGUCAAUGGCGAGCUUCGUGACCUCGGCGAUGCGGUCCUGGGCGAGGGCAGUUCUCCGGGAUGUUUCCAUGGCGACGCAUGCGCAGACGGUGGGGUCCUGUGUCCGAAGCAGGCAAGGUGCGUGAGAAGCGACGCCGGGCCCAAGUGUGAGUGCCUUCCGGGCUGGGAAGGCGACACCUGCCACCUCAGGACACAGCCUGCCUCCUUCAGCGCCAGCAGUUACGUGAAAGUGGCCCUGUCUGCCGUGCCACCACCCAACACCACCACCGUUCACUUGAGAUUCCGCACGUGGGAGAGUUCGGGUCAGCUGCUGGCGCUGAGUUCCCAGCACGGGCGUGACCUCAUGGCGGUGCAUCUCGUGGGCGGCCAAGUCUGCCUCAAGCUCGCCCUCCACCAGAGCCCCACCAUGCACCUGUGCCUCCAGCAGGUGCACCUCAACGACGGCAAGUGGCACUCCGUCAGGAUAGAAAGGUUCGGGCAGUGGGCGGAGCUUGUAGUGGACGAAGGCGACGGGCCCCUCUACAACGCCACCGCCACGCCCUCCUCACUCCAGGGGUGGUCCACGCCCUUCCUGGUGGACCGGCAGGAAGGCGUGCACGUGGGCGGCUCGCCUGAGUACGUGGGCGUGAGCCUCUUCACCGUCCACCAUGAUUUCCACGACGGAUGCCUAGACGACCUCCGCGUGUCGGGCGUGAGUCUCCCUCUCCCGCCCCUCGUCAACACCUCCGCGUGGGCGCAGGCGACCAUGUUCACCAACGUCCAGCCAUCCUGCGCCGCGCCCGCCGCAUGCGCCAACGUCACCUGCCCGGAGCCGCUCACCUGUAUAGACGUUUGGCGGAGACAUCAGUGCGGCUGCAGCGACGGUUCAACGCUAACUCGAGAGGGAGGCAAAUGCAGGGAUGUGAAUGAAUGCGUCUGGUCUCCCUGUCUGAACGGGGGGACGUGUGUAAAUCAAGACCCAGGGUAUUUUUGCGUCUGUCCAAAAACAUAUAUAGGUGACAAUUGCGAGGGAGCAGCCAUUUCCGCGCCCUCGCUCUCUCUCUCCGUGGGCGCCCUCGUUACAGCGGUUGUGUUUGCCGCUCUCCUGUUCGCAGUGGUGCUCGCGGCGUACCUCGUGCACCGCCGGCGCCGCCAGAAGCGAAGUCUCUCGAAGAAGGCAAGUGCCGAGUCCUCGUUCGUGGAGAAGACGACCCAGGACGACAGCCUCCACGACGGCGAGCACGACUUGCCCGCCGACGUCAUCGAACUGCACCUCGCGAAGGACCUCAAGUUCUCGGGCGAGCGAUCCAAAAACGGCCACGAGAAAAUCGCCGGCGUUGACGUCCUCAGACACGAUGGCCCGCCCACGAAGAGAGGCGAGGGCGGGGCGGAGGGAGGGUGCGGGUGUCCCCACCUCCCCUCCCUCGAUGACCUUCGAAACUACGCCUACGAGGGAGACGGCAGUUCACCCGGGUCGCUCUCCUCGUGCUGUUCCGGAGGCGACGGAGGCGGCGAGGCGCGUCUCCUCGGAGGUUUCCAGGACGUCGCGACCUUACUGAACUGCCUCGGCGGGCAACCCGAGGGCGGCUCUCCGUCCCAUUCCGGCGCCGCCCUUGCGCAGCCGAGUAAGAAGACGCCGGCACCUUCCUCCUUCGGCGCGGCGGCGAAGGGCGUCGCCGGUGGCAGCCCUUCGGCGACGCAACUCCUCCUCGCGGGCAAGAAGGCGGACAAGGGCUGCGCCGGCGAGGCCAUCGCGAAGAAGAGCAUGAGUAUCUCCAUGUCGAAGGCGGACACGCUGGAGAUCGGCCUCCACAGCGGCGGCGCGGAGGCGGAGCUGCUCUUCCAGCCGGCCGCCGUCAGCAGCAAGUGCCACUCUCUGCCGCGGCUGCGCGUGCCGACCAUCUUCGUGAACAACCUCCACGGCGACCCAGGGGACACCAAGGGCCGCGAGACCUACCACUACUCCCUCAAGAGGAACAAGGCGCCCUUCGCCGUCGAGACCGCGCUAGGGAUCAGAGGUAAUCCCCCCGGGUGCUACUGCGCGCAGAUCCCUCCUCCUGCGGGAUUUGAGGAGAAUCCCUCGGUCGCGCACUUAAAAACUCGAAGUGCAUGCAGAGCGUGCGUCACGGUGGCGCUGCAGAGCGAGGAGCGGCUCAGCGCCUACGGCAUCCCCCGCCGCAGCCUGUCGGCGUCGACGGUCUCGUACCUGACGCCGGCCGGCCUCAACACGCAGCUGGUGCAGCCGGCCGCCGUCGCGCCACUCCCCCCCUGCGGCCACCGCACCUGCUCCUCCCUCAGCAGACAUUCGGCGGAGAAGGGCGCGGGCGUGUGUCCGUGCAAGGUGUCCGCCGUGUCUGGCCACAGUGACUACACGGGUGGGCAGAGUUGCCAGAUGCGCGCCGGGUCGGAGAAACUGGGCGGCGGGCGGGGAUAGUACUCAGAAGGCGGGCGGGGUGGACGUCGGAUCAAUGUUUGGAUCUACGAUAUAUGUGCCUCUAUGUUUAAUACAGUGUUUUUAUGGAAUAUUAAAGAAUUAACAAAGAUUCAUCAAUCUGUCUUUCACCUUUGUGUGCUACACUGACUCUAGGUGCGAGAGAUUCGACAAAGGUCAUGAUUUAUACUUUUGUAAAUCUGUAGCUGUGUACAUCACUUUGUGAAAAUAAAGUCAUAUACGGAA